GUCGGCCAUUUUGUGUGCGCCGGAUGAGACUACGAGAUGCUUACCAAGAUCGAAGCGAUUACCCUCCAUCGGUCGCAAGCCAUUAUACGAGUCUGUUUAGACGGUAACCGCACAUUUUGUACGCACAAUUCUAUAACAUGACGCGAAACACAACGAAAAUAGCAUAAUAGAAAGACACGAAUCGUUAAAAUGCACAGAGCGUUCCCUGAACGAAAUGCUCAAUAAGAGAGGCACACAACAAUAUGGCGUCUGACGGCGGUCGGCUACGAGAAUUCGCUGUUUAGUGGGUGCACCUAGAACGAGCCGAUUGAGAGUGAGCGCCUAACAGCAAAACAAAACAAAAACUCUUCUUCACGUCUGACAAUAACAGAGCCACAGUGUGACCAACAUAACUAAAUGUAAACAAUGCUGAACACUUUUAUUUCCCGGGUAUAUUUAAAAUUGAUAAUAUUAACAUAGAUUAGGUAUUAGGUUAUGUAAAUAAAUUUUAAUCUAUAAUUUAUAUAAAAAAAAACAACAAAUAAUUAUUUAGGUACUAUUAUUUUAUUAACUUUUAAAUUUUUGAAUAUUAGUAUUUUAUAAUAAAUUAUUUGUUUUAAUAUUAUAUUAUAUACAGUGUUCUGUUUGAUUUAUUAAUGUUUCUUAUCAUACUUUAAAACUUUAUAUUUGUAUAUAACUUAUUAUUUUAUUACAGAAAUGAUUAGGUUAAAAGUACCUAUAAUACCCAACGAAAGUAUACUCAACAAUUUAUUAGAGAAAAAUAUUUGUACAGUAAAUGAUUUUCUUCAAAAAAAAACUUCUGAUUUACAGAACAUAUGCAAUUUACAAUGCAAGGUAAUAUAAAUUAAUAAAACGUGUUUUGAACGAUUAACUUACAUUGUGUUUAAGAUUACUAUUUAGUUCUAUACUACAACUAUUAUUUUCUACAGGUGCUCGUGCAUAUCGUUUACAAGUUAUAGUUGUAGAUUUUGGUGAUGAAAAUUAUUUAAUUAUUAAUAGGUGUUUGUAUAUCCAAAUGUUUAAUAUCUAUUCUAUAGACUAUUGGUGUAUAAAUUAGUUGACCAACCACCUUAAUUAUCCUGGACAAUAACUUGAUAUAUUAUCAAUAUGUGUUUAAUCUGAAUUUUACAAACCCAUAGUAAAAAUAUAACAUAAUUUUAAAAUUGUAUUUAAAAAAAAAAUUACUUAGAUAAACCUUAAUUAUUCAAGCAUAAUUAAAAAAGUGUUUAAUUUUUAAGGAAAAUAUAGGUAAUUAGCAAUCAAUUACCUAAAAUUAAAAUUUUUAGAGUAUUAAGGUUUUUAAGUAUUUUUUUUUUUUUUAAAUUUUAAGUUGUCACUAAUGAAUGAGUAAAAAAAAAAAGAUAAUAAUGUAGGAAACAAAACAUGUUAAAAUAUAUGUACGUUCUCGUAUUUUCAGACAUGUAUAAUAAUAUAGUAGGUACUAACGUUUAUCAUUUUCAUACCCAGCUUUUAAUUUUUAUUAUAUAUUAUUCUAACAUUUAUACACAUUUAUACUCUAAGUUAGAAAUGUACCUUAAAAAUAAAUCAUAACAUUCAUAAUACAAAUUAUAAACACUAAUAUUUAACCAAACGACAAAAAUAAAAUAUUGCUAUUAUCUUCUUCUUGUUUGUUUACCUAUUACAGUCACUAAUUCUUAUUACAUUUUUUAUUAUAAAACUAAUAUUAUGCGAGUAUACAAUUAUAAAUAACUAUUUUCCAUUGAUUUGUUAAAUCUUAUUCGCAUAGAAAUAUAAACUUUUAUUUAUGUACAUUUAAAUUGUAUUAACAAUUAUAUUUAUUUAGGUAAGUAUUAAGUAGUAAAAUAUAAAUUUUAUCAAAAUGCUAUAAAUACAAACUCAUUAAUUUUAAAUAAACUAAUUAUUCUUGCAAUACCUAAUGUAUGAACAAAAUAUAAUGCUGACUACUUGAUUGCAUAUUAAUUAUAAUUAAUUUAUUGGAGUUUUUAAAGUUUACAUAUACCCAACAUGUUUUGGAUUCUAAAAUUACAAACUAUUGAAAUAUUUUAUAGUCAACCAAGUAUGUUUAAAUAUAUUUGGAAGCAUUAUUUCAUAUACAUAUAUAAUAAAUAUGAUCCAAUUGUCAUCAUAUUUUUAAAUAAAUGUUUAUUUUAUUAAUUGUUUAAUAUAACUAUAAAUACAACUUACAUUUAAUUAUUUUUUAGCAAAUAACGAAACUUAAAGAUGAUAUUAUAGUGGAGUGUUCAUCACCAUUUAUUAAUGGUUAUACAAUUUACAUAGAUAGAUCUUCAUCAAAUAUUAUUCAAACUGGGAUUCUUAAGUAAAAUAAAAAUGUAUGUAGCUGCCAACAUAAGUUUUAUAAAAGAAAUGUUUGAUUCUAGGUUAGACAAUCUACUUGGUGGAGGGUUAUUUACCAGACAAAUUUAUGAAUUUUGUGGCCCAUCUGCUUGUGGAAAAACACAAUUAACUUAUAGUAUAUUAUUAAAUAUUAUAAUAUCUACAAAAGAAGAUAUAAUCUAUAUAGAUACUAAAAAUAAAUUUUCAGUAACCAGAAUUAAACAAAUCUUGAAAAAAAAAUAUGAAUUUACUAAUCAAGAAGUAAGAUAGAAAAUGAUUUAAAUGUAUUUACUUAAAUACUCAACAAUUAUUAUAAUAUUAAUUUUUUUUUUCAGAUUAAUUCAAUUUUAAGAAAAGUUCAUGUGUAUUCAGUUUUUGAUCUUUACAGUUUAAUAACUUGCUUAUAUAGUCUAAAAGAAAAAUCCAAACCAGUUAUAUUCAUAGACUCAUUACCAGCACUAUAUCUAUCAUUUGUAUGUGUUAACAAUAAUGAUGGUAAAUUAAAUAAUUGUAGUGAAUUAAAUUGGUUUUAAUUUAGAUUUGUUUUCAGGUUUAUGUUACAUGAAUCAUAUAUGUUCAGUUUUGAAAUAUUUAAGUAAACAAAAUGCAACAAUUAUAGUUACAAAUUUAGCUAUUAAACAUAGUAAUUUUACAAAGAAAAGAAAUGCAAAUUCAAUCAACCAAGAACAAUUUGAUUUUAAGCCAACUAUAGGAAAAUAUUGGAUCCAUAUACCUAAUACCAGAUUGAUGUUAACAACAGAGAUAAAUAGGGAACAAAAAAUGUGUAUUACCAUUGGAAAAAGUGUGCACAUCCCUAUAAAUGAAAAAUGUAUUUUAAAUAUUGAUGAUUGUGGAGUUUUAUAAAUAUACAAAUAUUAUAAAAAUAGUUACAUUUUUUUAAAAUAUUAAAAACAAAUAUAAUUGAACAAAAACAUCAUAUUAUAUAAUAUAGAAUUGUAGUACUUAAUAUAUUAUAAUAAACUAUAGAAUCAAUGAGGAAUCAUAACCUUAUUCAGUCAAUAAACUUUUUAUAGCUUAUAAUUUAAUUAUUUUUUACAAAAAACAAAAAAAAAAUUUUAACAUAUGAAAAAUAAAAAGAAUUCAUUAAGGUAAACAAAACAAAAAGUUUUUAAUAUAACUUGCUCAAAACAUUAACUUAUUUAAUUACAUUGAGCAUCAGAAGUAGUACCAUUUGUCAAGCAUGGACAGAAUCUAAUUUUUUUAGUUACAUUUUCUUUACUAAAAGGCAUGUUGCUUGAAUUUAAAUCAUUGGAAAAUUCAGCAAUAAGAUUAUUAACUUUCUGUUUCAUUAAAAUAUCUUUUUCAAACCAACUAUGUUUUAAUACUUUAUCAAAAUCAAAUCUCUUUAUAAAAUCAACUAUUAAUAAUUGUUUGAUUAUGUCUUGUGCGCCAUUAGAAAUAUUGGUUAUAUUAUAUGAUCCUUUGCUGAUUUUUGCUUCUAUAUUAUCACCAACAAAAGGUUUAAAACCACUCAAAC